GGAGCGACGCCGCUCCGUCGGGAGGCCGGUCACCCCCGAGGAGGUCAUUUUUCCGGCCGUGGCGAUUUGCGUUCGUUCGCUGGCACAGGGGACUGUGACACGAGCUUACGGUGUGACACCGAAACGCCACCUUCGUUCUGCUGCAGAAACACUCUUCGUGCUGCUGCGCCCAGCGACCCUGAUGCGGCUGGAAAGCGGCUGGAGGCCUUUAGUGCUUUCCAAUAGCAAGAGGUUUAUCCUUAGGAAACUGGACAGGACCAUUGAAAUCGCCGUCUGGCCAGCGGGACAGAAGAAGCCUGAAAACAGAGAGCAGUUUGUGCAGGCUUUCCACUCGGCUUUACAUGUUGUCCUGCAGCUGUGGAAGGAGGACAAGGACUUGGAAGCAUCCCCUGGGCAGUGUGAGGAUGAUGAAGAAGAAAGCAAAUUGUCUUACACAGAAAUAUAUCAGGAGUACCAAGCUCUGGUUGAAAAAUUAUUAGAAGACUAUCUUAAAGAAGUUGGAAUUAAUGAAGAGAAAUUUCAAGAAGCUUUUUCAUCUCCUCUUGCAAAGACACACACUUCACAGGCCAUUUUGCAAACAGUGUUGGCAGCAGAAGAUUUUAGACUAUUUAAAAAAAUGAUGGUACAGAAAAAUAUUGAAAUGCAAUUGCAAGCGAUUAGAAUCAUUAAAGAAACAAAUGGUGUGUUGCCCGACUGUUUGACAGAGGGUUCUGAUGUAUUCAGUGAAAUUGAACAAGAAGAAAUGAAAAUACUGAGGGAGGUUCUAAGAAAAUCUAAGGAAGAGUAUGAAAUAGAGCAAGAAAGAAAGAGGACCGAAGAAGCACGUGAUAAACUUAAUUCACCAGAUGUUACCUACAGUAUUCCAAGAGAUUCAAGAGAAGCUGUAAAAGUUAAGGAGUCCACUGAGGGAGCUGAUGAUUCCGAAGAAAAUCCAAAAGUUGCAUUAGAGGAAUCUCGGAAAUCUGCAAGCGAAGACUUAAAACCAGGAUGCCCGUUACAAAAAGGAACAGAGAGUUUAGCUCAGCCAUCUUGUACCAAGGGGAAAGAAGACAUUAAGAAAAAAUCAGCUGGAAAAUGUUCAGAAAGUGCAGCGCAAAAAGAUGAGAUGAAAGGACCUAGUUUAUCAGAACUUGAAAAACAGCAGCUGAAGCAACGAGAGGACUACCUAAAGAAAAAACGAGACAUGCUGAUGGCUACAAAGAAAGAGUCAAGAAAUAAUAUACUGUUACCAGCGACCACUGACCAGAAAGAAGAGGAACCAUCUCCUAAAGAGGAAAUGUCAGAAGAGAAGCAAAGAUUACUACAGAAGAGGAAAAUGCUUGCAGAAAAACUAAAAGAAGAAGUUAUUAAUAAGCGGUAA